CCCGAGAAAGGGAGAAAGUUAUAGGGUGAGGCGUGUUAAUAGUGGAGUUUCAGCACCCGUGCUUGUGCGGACAAUUGGUACGAAGUGCGUCUAGCAAAGAAAUUCCAAUCGUCAUCCGUCCAAAAUGCGUCUAACGUUUGCCACGGCGGGAGCGUGGUUCGUGUUGAUCGCACUGGUCAGCAUCCUUGUGCCACAGCGUGCCUACGGCCAGUGCUUCUCGGAGAACGACAAAAAGUCCGACAAAAUUGAUGCGAACCAAUCGCGGGGCCGGCUGUACAAGGGCGAAUCGAUCUUUACGCUGCAGCUGCUGGAUGCCAUCAACACGGCCACACCGAACGAGAAUGUGUUCUUCUCGCCCUACAGUCUGUACAACGUGAUGCUGCUAAUGUACUUCGGUGCCCGAGACACGACCGAAAAGCUGCUCCGUACCGGCCUCAGCCUGCAGUGGACCGAUAGUAAGGCAACGGUCCACGAGGCGUACGACACCGCGCGUCGCUCGCUGGUCGGGCGAUUCAGCGAAGGCUCGGCCGUUGGCUUCAGCUCGGUCGACAAACUGUUCUUCGGCCGCCAGAUACCGAUCGCGAGCUGCAUACAGGAGAAGUUUUCCGAAACGAUCGAGCUGCUCGACUACCAAAAAGAUCCCGAGGGCCAGCGGCAGUACAUUAACCAUUGGGUGGAGAAUGCCACCCGAGGACAGAUCAAAGAUUUGCUGUUGCCGGGAUCGAUCUCACAGAACACGAAACUGGCAAUCGCCAACGCUGCGUACUUUAAGGGCUCUUGGCAAACCAAAUUCAAGGCCGCUGAAACGAAGAAAGAAAUCUUUUACGUGUCCGCCGACCGGCAGGAGUUCGUCGACAUGAUGCACGUCGAGGGAACGUUUAGCCAUGCGGCCAACGAAAAGCUCGGCUGUCACAUUCUCGAGCUACCGUACAGUUUCGGCGACGAAGGCUCCAACAGUGCGGACGCCAACGGCAAUCAGGUCUCGAUGUUCGUGUUCCUUCCGCCGGCCGAACCGAACUCGCUCGCCAAGCUGCUCGCGCGCCUCGCCGCCGAAACCGAUAUCCUGCAGGAAGUGGUUAACGAUGGCAUCUCGCGCAAGGUCGACGUGAAGCUGCCAAAGUUUAGCAUCGAGAAGAUGGUCGAAUUGAAACCGGUGCUCGAUCGGCUCGGAAUGGGCAAACUGUUUGAGAAUACGGCCAACUUUACCGGCUUCACUGGCGGCGUGGAAGCGAUCGGAUUCGACGAGGUGCUGCAAAAGUCGAAGAUCGAAGUCAACGAGGAGGGUUCGGUGGCGGCGUCCGCAACGGUGGCGUUCAGCUUCCGGUCAUCGCGCCCGGCCGACCCUGCCAUGUUCCACUGCAACCAUCCGUUCGUUUUCCUCAUCUACGACUUUACCAGCCGGGCGGUUCUGUUUAACGGUAUCUACCGUCAGCCGGAGUAGAGAUGGAUGAACCGUUGAGCGCGUUGGACGGAUUUAGCAUUAUUUAUUGGUGCGGCCAGCAUGGUGUGGGCGAGACGGCCGAUCGCCGCGAAAGCUAGAACUCAAAUACCAUCGGCAGCACCGCUCAGUGAAGGAUAGAGGUAAGAGGACCAAAGGAAAGGACAAACCAACUGGUGACCCACUAGAAAGAAAGAUGGUAACGUUGCACCACUUUCGACCACACGAGGAAGGUCACCCUUUUUUAACCAUUUACGACAAACUAGUGUACUGUUUUCUCGAUAAGAAGUAAAAGCUAAAUAAAACUCUGGAAGCAAAACAC